AACUCGGUUUUUGAGCCCGUUACAGUUGGAGCUACAAGGAGAGAAACAGAGGAAAGGACCGCAGGAGGGAGUUGGAGGCCGUGGACACCUUUUUGCUCCAUGUGUAGGAUUUUCAUUGCAGAGUGACAUAAGAGGAGAAGUUUUCCAGAGCUAUGGGGACUUCCCAUCGGACGUUCCUGGUCUUAGGCUGUCUCCUCACAGGGCCGGGCCUCAUCCUCUGCCAGCUUUCAGUUCCCUCUAUGCUUCCAAACGAAAAUGAAAAGGUUGUGCAGCUGAAUUCGUCCUUUGCUCUGAGAUGCUUUGGGGAGAGUGAAGUGAGCUGGCAGUACCCCAUGUCUGAAGACGACAACCCUAACGUGGAAAUCAGAAACGAGGAAAACAACAGUGGCCUGUUUGUGACCGUGCUGGAAGUGGUCAACGCCUCGGCAGCCCACACUGGCUUCUACACUUGCUACUACAACCACACUCAGACGGAGGAGAACGAGCUGGAAGGCAGGCGCAUUUACAUCUAUGUGCCGGACCCGGAUGUAGCGUUUGUACCUCUGGGAAUGACAGAUUAUUUAGUCAUCGCGGACGAUGACGAUUCUGCCGUCAUACCUUGUCGCACGACUGAUCCUGAGACGCCCGUGACCUUGCGUAACAGUGACGGGGUGGUACCUGCCUUCUAUGACAGCAGACAGGGCUUUAACGGGACCUUCACUGUCGGGCCCUAUAUCUGUGAGGCCACUGUCAAAGGAAAGAAGUUCCAGACCAUUCCAUUUAAUGUUUAUGCUUUAAAAGCAACAUCAGAACUUGAUCUAGAAAUGGAAGCUCUUAAAACCGUGUAUAAGUCAGGGGAGACAAUCGUGGUCACCUGUGCUGUCUUUAACAACGAGGUGGUUGACCUUCAGUGGACGUACCCUGGCGUGGUGAAAGGCAAAGGCGUCACCAUGCUGGAGGAGAUCAAAGUCCCGAUCAUCAAGUUGGUGUACACGUUGACCGUCCCCGAGGCCACGGUGAAAGACAGUGGAGACUACGAAUGUGCGGCUCGUCAGGCUACCAGGGAGGUCAAAGAGAUGAAGAAAGUCACUAUUUCCGUGCAUGAGAAAGGGUUCAUUGAAAUCAAACCCACCUUCAACCAGUUGGAAGCCGUCAACCUGCAUGAAGUCAAGCACUUUGUGGUGGACGUGCGGGCCUACCCUCCACCCAGGAUAUCCUGGCUGAAGGACAACCUGACUCUGAUCGAAAAUCUCACCGAGAUCACCACUGACGUGGAAAAGAUUCAGGAAAUAAGGUAUCGAAGCAAGUUAAAGCUGAUCCGCGCUAAGGAAGAAGACAGUGGCCACUACACUAUUGUAGUGCAGAACGAAGAUGACGUGAAGAGCUAUACGUUUGAACUGCUGACUCAAGUGCCCUCGUCCAUCCUGGACUUGGUCGAUGACCACCACGGCGCGACCGGGGGACAGACCGUGAGGUGCAUGGCCGAAGGCACACCCCUGCCCGAUAUCGAGUGGAUGAUCUGCAAGGACAUUAAGAAAUGCAAUAAUGAAACUUCGUGGACGGUUUUGGCCAACAACGUCUCGAACAUCAACACGGAGCUCCACCCCCGAGGCAGGAGCACUGUGGAGGGCCGUUUGACAUUCGCCAAGGUGGAGGAGACCAUUGCAGUUCGCUGUCUGGCCAAGAACCUCCUCGGGGCAGAGAGCCGGGAGCUGAAGCUGGUGGCGCCCACCUUGCGUUCUGAACUCACGGUGGCAGCCGCGGUUCUGGUGCUGUUGGUGAUUGUGAUCAUCUCACUUAUUGUCCUGGUCGUCAUUUGGAAACAGAAACCGAGGUAUGAAAUUCGCUGGAGGGUCAUCGAAUCGAUCAGCCCCGAUGGACAUGAAUACAUUUAUGUGGACCCGAUGCAGCUGCCUUACGACUCGAGAUGGGAGUUUCCGAGAGAUGGACUCGUGCUUGGUCGUGUCUUGGGAUCUGGGGCAUUUGGGAAAGUGGUCGAAGGAACAGCCUACGGAUUAAGCCGGUCCCAGCCUGUCAUGAAAGUAGCCGUGAAGAUGCUGAAACCCACGGCCAGAUCCAGUGAGAAACAAGCUCUCAUGUCUGAACUGAAGAUCAUGACUCACCUGGGGCCACAUUUAAACAUCGUGAACUUGCUGGGGGCCUGUACCAAGUCAGGCCCCAUUUACAUCAUCACUGAGUACUGCUUCUACGGAGAUCUUGUCAACUAUCUGCAUAAGAACAGGGACAGCUUCCUAAGCCACCACCCAGAGAAGCCAAAGAAAGAGCUGGACAUCUUCGGAUUGAACCCUGCGGACGAAAGCACACGGAGCUAUGUCAUUUUAUCCUUUGAAAACAACGGUGACUACAUGGACAUGAAGCAAGCCGACACCACCCAGUAUGUUCCUAUGCUGGAAAGGAAGGAGGUGUCCAAGUAUUCAGACAUCCAGAGAUCACUGUAUGAUCGUCCAGCCUCAUAUAAGAAGAAAGCUAUGUUAGACUCGGAAGUCAAAAACCUCCUUUCAGACGAUAACUCCGAAGGCCUUACUCUGUUGGAUUUGUUGAGCUUUACCUAUCAAGUGGCCCGAGGAAUGGAGUUUUUGGCUUCAAAAAAUUGUGUCCACCGGGACCUGGCUGCUCGAAAUGUCCUCCUGGCGCAAGGGAAAAUCGUGAAGAUCUGUGACUUUGGCCUGGCCAGAGACAUCAUGCACGAUUCGAACUACGUGUCAAAAGGCAGCACCUUCCUGCCCGUGAAGUGGAUGGCUCCCGAGAGCAUCUUCGACAACCUCUACACCACGCUGAGCGACGUCUGGUCUUACGGCAUUCUGCUCUGGGAGAUCUUCUCCCUCGGCGGCACACCUUACCCUGGCAUGAUGGUGGAUUCUACUUUCUACAAUAAGAUCAAGAGUGGGUACCGGAUGGCCAAGCCCGACCACGCCACCAGUGAAGUCUAUGAGAUCAUGGUGAAGUGCUGGAACAGUGAGCCGGAGAAGAGACCCUCCUUUUACCACCUGAGUGAGAUUGUGGAGAACCUGCUUCCUGGACAAUAUAAAAAGAGUUAUGAAAAAAUCCACCUGGACUUCCUGAAGAGUGACCACCCCGCCGUGGCACGCAUGCGCGUGGACUCGGACAAUGCGUACAUCGGCGUCACCUACAAAAACGAGGAGGACAAGCUGAAGGACUGGGAGGGUGGCCUCGACGAGCAGAGACUGAGCGCCGACAGCGGCUACAUCAUCCCUCUGCCCGACAUUGACCCCGUCCCGGAGGACGACGACCUGGGCAAGAGGAACAGACACAGCUCGCAGACCUCCGAAGAGAGUGCCAUUGAGACAGGUUCCAGCAGUUCCACCUUCAUCAAGAGAGAGGACGAGACCAUCGAGGACAUUGACAUGAUGGACGACAUCGGCAUAGACUCCUCGGACCUGGUGGAGGACAGCUUCCUGUGACUGGUGGAGUCGGGGUCCCUGCCACUGCUGGGGCCGCCUCCGGAUCCCUUUCCGAAAACCACUUUAUUGCGAUGCAGAGGCUGAGAGGAGGACUUGGUUGAUGUGUAAAGAGAAGUUCCCAGCCCAGGGCCUCCGGGGGGAGCCGCCUAACUAGGAACGGACGGGCUCUUUCUAAGAUGAACUUUCUCCGCGUUGCUUCUUGCAAUGCUUCAGUAGCAUCUCAGCGGUGUGUGAAGGUUGGAGGUCGAUGGACAAGGGAAUAAUAGGCCACGGAAGACGAACUUUGUGUUUCAAGGGCAUUGGUGAAAUCCCGAUGGACACAAUUUGUACUGCAGCAAAACUCCAGCAUUGUAAUUAUGUAAAUAACUCUAACCGAGGAUGUGCUUAGAUUCGUAUUUUCUCUAAACUUCUGAAGAGACCACUCAUUCCAUCCAUGUACUUCCCUCCUGAAUCCUGGUUUCAGCUGCUGUUGAACUUUCUUAUGAAGUGCAUGAAAAACCACUUUUGAACCUUAAAAGGUACUGGUACUAUUAGCAUUUUACUUUUUUUUUAGUGUUAAAGAGUUAAAGGAUAAUAACUAACCAACCUGUUUAAUAGAUUUGGGUCAUUUAGAAGCCCAAGAACUCAUUUUCCUAUUGUAAUCUACGUUUAUAAUACUACUACUGUUAUCAAUUAUGCUAAAUGUAUAAUAUGUAACAUGAUUUCCCUACAGAGAAAGCACAAUUAAAAAAAAACAACCCCUUACUAAGUAGGUGACAAGUUUGACAUUUAUAAUAACAUGUUUCUCUAUAAAAUAUGGUAGUAGCUUUAGUGGAUUUAAUUUAGUUGAACGUAGAGAACAAAGUAAAAGUAGUGUUGUCCAGGAAGUCAUAAUUUUUAAUUGUGUACUGAAUAGGUUCCCCAACUCAUUGUAUUAAAAACAAUUAACUGCCCUCUGAAAUAAGGUGAUUAGAAAUAACAAACAAAACCCCCAAGUCCUAAAUGUUCUCGAUAUAAAUACAUAAACCUAUGAUGAACAUGACUUCUCCUGUUCUUACCCAGUGGAAAAUAUAAUUGUCAGCAAAAAGACUGGAUUUGCAGAGGUUUGUUGCAUGCCUGGUGAUAACUUUGGUGGCUGCCAACAUAUACAAAUAUAUAUAUAUAUGUUUUAAAUCUGUGAACCUUAAAAGGGUCAUAAGGAUGCCUGGACAUGAGCCCCCUUCUUUUAUCUCUUACCCCAAAGAGAACAGUUUGAAACCCUGAGACCAUUAAGGCAUUGUUUAGUGGAGGCUGUAACCAUCCUUAGCCCGCAUCCUUUGUUCUCAAAUAUAACUGGCAUCAGAUUCUGGGGCCCCGUCCCUGAGAUUCUGAAGUAUUAAGUCUUGGGGAAGCAGGAACCUGUAUUUUUAUGAACUCCUUGGCUGUCCGGAUCAGCCAGUUUUCAGAAACACUGUCUUAGGUUACAGGAAGUUGCCAUGGGAAACAAAUAAUUUGGAAUUUGGAACUGGGCUAGAAGUCAACCACAUAGGAAGCCUACUAUUUAAAUCCUUGGCUUCAGGUCAGUGACAUUUAAUGCCAUAGAGCUAGCAAUUGCCACCCAUUAAUUUAACUUUCCAGUCUUAGCUGAGGCUGAGAAAGCUAAAGUUUGGUUUUGGCAGGUCUUCCAAAUGUAAAGACUCUGCUUCUCACUGCAGGGGGGUACUGACCCGACACCCCUAACCCCCAUCCCUGCCAAGGAAAGGCAUCUACAAAAAUGAUGCAAUUCAGCAUGCCAAGUCUCUGUAUAACCAGGUCAGUAUUUUGGAGAAAAAAAUUAAAAAGUUUCACUGAUACUCUGGGAUCACAUGGGAGGAUGAAUCGUCACCUCCAUGGAGACUGUCAAGCUGGCUGGCGUGGGUUCCCUGGCGUUCUUUGCAGUACUGCUUAAUCGCUGACAGCAUAUGAAAGAAACAUGGGCUGUGAUUACUGCAAUCACUGUGCCUGCUACCGGCAGGUAAUGCUUUGGAAGGGGUAGAAGCAAUAACAAAAUACUUGACUACCUGCUGGUGUAAUCGCAAAUGCAAGCCCCAGCUUUCUUUUUCACCUUUUUCAUAGUAGCGUGAAGACUGAGCCAGAUUGGCCAAUUAAGAACGAAAGCCUAACUAGGUUUUGUAGAGCCAAUUAGACUUGAAAUACAUUUGUAUUUCUAGAGUCACAGCUGAAGCAUUCUGUUUGUCACUCACCGUCCCUUGUACAGCCUUAUUUUGUUGGUGCUUUGCAUUUUGACGUGACUUUGAGCCUUGCAUGACAUCACGAGGCUGGAGGAAACUUCUCAGACCACCAGUCUCCAGUCCUAAUGGAUGCUCCCACCUGAAUUUGAACGUGACUGCAUUUUUUUAAAAAAGUGUUUUCAGCAUAUCCCAGAUUUGUUUUCCUUUUUGGCCUUCUGCAAAGUCCCCAGAAGAAAAUUUGCCAAUCCUUCCCGCUUUCCAUUUUUAUGAUGACAAUCAUCAAAGCUGGCCUGAGAAACACAAUUUGUGACUUUUUAAACGAUCAAUGAUGUCCUUAAAAUGUGGUCUGCCAAUCUGUACAAAAUGGUCCUAUUUUUGUGAAGAGGGACGUAAGAUUAAAUGAUGUUAUACAUCAAUGUGUAUAUAUGUAUUUCUAUAUAGACUUGGAGAAUACUGCCAAAACAUUUAUGACAAGCUGUAUCACUGCCUUUGUUUAUAUUUUUUUAACUGUGAUAUUCCCCACUGGCACAUUAACUGUUGCACUUUUGAAUGUCCAAAAUUUAUAUUUUAGAAAUAAUAAAGAGAAAAAUACCUAACGUGUUCCCAAGACAAUGGUGUGGUGAAUGUGUGAGAAGGACUAACGCAGUAGGGAGAGUCUGCCCAUGCAAGAUGUAUUACCAACGCCCCUGUUCGUGUUUUUGUUUUAAAACGUGCAAAUGAAGAUCUUUAUAUUUCAAUAAAUGAUAUAUAUAAAGUU